UGUCGUGCUUGGCUCAUUCUAAACCCAGACAAGUACAUUUUCGAAUGUUCUUUGAGGCACAAUCUCGCAGUUUCUUUGUUCUUUUUGUGUAAAUGGGAACACCAGACGAAAACUAUGAUAAAGGCGUCGAAUAUCGUCUUGCAGGCAACGAAGCGUUUAAAAAGCAAGAUUACAAACAAGCAUUACAAAAUUACUAUAAUGCCCUACUUCAUUUAAAGGCUUUAGGAGGCACUAAAGAAAAAGAAAAGUAUAAGGAAGCCUCUGAGACACAAUUAGUCAUGAUUUACAACAAUAUGACUGCAGUUUUUGCAAAACAGGAACGUUGGGACCGUGUUCUGUUUUAUGCAAAGAAAGCUGCUGAGCUAGAUCCUAAAAACACAAAGACAAAAUUUCGCAUGGGGCAAGCCUAUCUAAGGCUAGAGAAUAUUGAUGAAGCCAAGACGCUAUUAGAACAAGUUCUUGCUGAAAACCCUGGAGACGCGCUCGUAAAGCAGGAACUAUCAAAAAUCGCAGUGGCUAACAAGCAAAGAGAAGAAAAGGAAAAGAUGAUAUACCGAGCAAUGAUGACCAAGCUUGCCCAAGAGAACGAAAAGGAUGAAAGUAGUAAAUAAAGUUAUACAGUAUUUCCAAAAAUUAUUGACACUGAUGCCAAGAGUAAAAUUCGCGUUUGUU